GAGAAAAAAAUAUAUAUCUGUAUAUUUUUAAGUAUAACUAUAUGUGCAUAAACGAUCUAUUCAGAAUUUUAUAGACUUUUUCAAUUGAUUUGAAAGCAAACUAGACCUGUUUUGUUGAAACAAUGCUGCAUUUAUCAAGAAAUUUUUUACUGAAAGAAAAAAUAUUAUAUCGAUCUCUUCACAAAGCAUCAUUACAGGAAGAAUGGAUUGGUAUUGCUAAAAAAGAGCUUAAAGGAGUAGACCCGAUAGAAAAGUUGACGUGGAAAACACCAGAGGGUAUCAAUUUGAAACCAGUUUAUACCAGGGAUGAUAUAAAAGAUGUUGCUGAUGAAAUGCCUGGUGUUUAUCCAUUUACGCGUGGUCCACAUGCAACAAUGUAUACAUUUAGGCCUUGGACUAUAAGACAAUAUGCAGGUUUCAGCACAGUGGAAGAAAGUAAUCGAUUUUACAAAAAAAACAUAGCUGCCGGUCAGCAAGGGCUUAGUGUAGCAUUUGAUUUGCCUACACACAGAGGAUAUGACUCAGAUAACCCUCGUGUGCAUGGUGAUGUUGGAAUGGCAGGAGUAGCUGUAGACAGUGUUAAUGACAUGAAGGCUCUUUUUGAUGGUAUUGCACUGGACAAGAUGAGUGUUUCAAUGACAAUGAAUGGAGCAGUGUUACCGAUUCUUGCUAUGUAUAUUGUAGCAGCAGAAGAACAGGGAGUGUCACAGGAAAAACUUUCUGGCACAAUUCAAAAUGACAUUUUGAAAGAGUUCAUGGUCAGAAAUACUUACAUAUAUCCUCCGGAACACUCAAUGAAAAUUAUUGGAGAUAUCUUUUCAUAUACUGCUAAACAUAUGCCUAAGUACAACAGUAUUUCAAUAUCUGGAUACCACAUGCAAGAAGCUGGCGCAGAUGCAGUUUUAGAAGCUGCAUUCACAAUUGCUGAUGGCAUAGAGUAUUGUAAAACAGGUAUAAGAUCUGGUCUGGAUAUUGACAGCUUUGCUCCACGGCUUUCAUUUUUUUGGGGUGUUGGCAUGAACUUUUAUAUGGAAAUUGCUAAAUUUCGAGCUGCUCGCAAAUUAUGGGCAAAUUUAAUUCAAGAAAAAUUUCACCCCAAGAGUAGUAAAUCGCUGUUGCUAAGAACACAUUCUCAAACCUCAGGAUGGUCUCUAACAGAACAAGAUCCGUACAACAACAUUGUGAGAACUACAGUUGAGGCUAUGGCAGCAGUAUUUGGUGGAACACAGUCUCUUCAUACAAACUCUUUUGAUGAAGCUCUAGCUUUGCCUUCAGCUUUUAGUUCAAGAAUUGCAAGAAAUACUCAAAUUAUUUUGCAAGAAGAGUCAGGCAUACCCAAGGUGGCUGAUCCAUGGGGUGGUUCUUAUUUAAUGGAGAGUCUUACUCAUGAAAUAUAUGUUGCUUCUAGAAAGAUAGUUGAAGAGGUUGAAGAAAUGGGAGGAAUGGCAAAAGCUGUUGCAUCAGGUAUGCCUAAACUUCGAAUUGAAGAAAGUGCUGCUAAAAGGCAAGCAAGGAUUGAUUCAGGACAAGAAACUAUUGUUGGUGUAAACAAACAUAAGUUAGAAAAGGAAGAUCCUGUUGAUGUAUUGACUGUGGACAACACUAUGGUUCGACUGAGUCAAAUUGAAAAACUUAAGAUAUUAAGAGCAACAAGGGAUAGCGCUAAAGCAGAAUAUUGUUUAAAUCAAAUCACUGAAUGUUGUCGGACAUCCGAGGGAAAUUUGCUGGAUUUAGCUAUAAAGGCUUCAAGAGCUCGUUGCACAGUAGGGGAGAUAUCUGAUGCCAUGGAAAAAGUUUUCAAACGUCAUGUUGCAGCUGAUCGAAUGGUUAGCGGUGCUUACAAAAGUGAAUAUGGUUCUACCAAUGAAAUUGAAAAUGUUUUAGCACGAGCUAAGAAGUUCAACGAUCAGUAUGGUCGCCGCCCUCGCAUUCUUGUUGCGAAGAUGGGACAAGAUGGUCAUGAUCGAGGUGCUAAAGUUAUUGCUACUGGUUUUUCAGAUCUCGGAUUUGAUGUGGAUAUAGGUCCAUUGUUUCAAACUCCUAGAGAAGUAGCGCAGCAAGCCGUUGAUGCUGAUGUUCAUUCAGUAGGAGUGAGUACUCAGGCAGCUGGUCAUAAAACAUUAGUACCUGAUAUGAUUAAAUGUUUAAAGGAGAUGGGCAGAGGAGAUAUUGUGGUCGUCUGCGGAGGAGUUAUACCACCUCAAGAUUAUCCAUUCUUAUAUGAAUGUGGCGUUACUAGUAUUUUCGGACCAGGUACUAGAAUACCGCAAGCCGCUCUAAAGCUGCUAGAUGACAUCGAAAAAAAUCUUGAGUCAGAUUGAUUGAAUCGCAGAUUCCAUCUGAUCAACAUAUUGUGGUCUUGUUUUAUGUACUAUCUAAAAAAAAAUUUUUUAAUUAAAUAUAAAUAUUUGAUUUUGCA